UAUCCCAUUGCAUCUCCGUUUGCGCCCCCUGUUACAACUCUGCACGGGGCUCCUAACGACACAGCUGUGCUAACGUUCACCAUAAAGGCGUACCCAGAGCCAAGUGUAAUCAAUUUUACUUGGUUCAAGGGUGUAUCUGAUAGAUGGGAUAUUCUAUCUCAUGACUACAAGCAUUACAAGAUAAGCGUUUCGCAAGACGGUUUGCAGACUGAGUUAACAAUAAACAAUGUUCAGAAGGACGACUUUGGAACAUAUCGAGUGAACGUGUCGAAUACAAUCAGUUCCGUAUCUGAAGUAUUUUACACUACAAGCCCAAGCUCAACCUGAAAGCCUAAAAGAAAUGAAUGUGGUACGAAGAGGAAUUACUGAAAUAUACCUCGAAUGGGUACCUGGUUUUAAUGGCGGAUUACAACACACGUUUAUAAUUAACUACACAGACACACAUCUUGAAAUUUGGAAUGCAGUACGUGUACCCGUCGAUAGAACAACGCAUACACUACGCGGAUUAAAGCCAGAUACCACCUACAAAGUGAAAAUGCGAGCAGAAAACAUAGUUGGAAACUCUACUUGGACUGAUUAUAUUACAAUAUCGACCUUAGCCGAAAUCGAACAAAAAGGAUCUGUUUCAAAAGCUGUCGGUGGUACUGUUGGUGGUUUGUCAGUGAUAUGUAUCAUCGUUGCCGUCAUUAUAGUUUGGAGGCGUAGGAAAACAGGACCACUUGCUUCCACAAGAGCAGAUUUUUGGAGCAUGAUUUGGGAGCAAAAUGUUGGGGUCGUAGCCAUGGUUACAAACCUAGUUGAGGAGUCAAAGAGAAACUGCUUCCAAUACUGGCCGAUAAGCUCUGAAAAUGACUGUCAGUAUAGUGAUUACACAAUACGGCUUCUUUCGGAAGAAAAUUACGCUAACUUUGUUGUUCGCACGUUGCACUGCACCAAGAGUGGGUCAAUUAAAGUACUAACAGUCCACCAUUUACACUUAACCGCUUGGCCGGACAAAGAUGUUCCAGAUACAGCUCUGUCCUUUAUGCAAUUUUGGCGCAAGGUUCGCAAUUUCGAAAAAACAGACGGAGCUCCUUGGAUCGUACAUUGCAGCACAUUUCCAAAUCACACAUCCCUGAUCGAGAAGAAGACAUUCGGAGAGAAGGAUAGGUUGAUUCUUACCCAGUCGGCAAUUGUGAGCUCUGCAAUAGAUUUUGUUCGGUUGUUACACGACCACGUUAUCAGAACGGUGGUGACUUUUGUCGACGAGUAUGAGGGUUUCGAAGUCCGAAUCAUCCGAUUUUCGAAAUGGUCGAAAACUUUGGACUCUUGCAACAUAAAAGACCUGAUGAGUCUUUUAAUUAGUGUUCAGGAAAGCGCCUGUAGGAGGCUGGUCGUUCUUCAGUGUCGUGACGGAUACAGUCAGAGUGGAUUGUUUGCGGUUUUAUGGUGCCUCGUGGAGCGAUGUCAACGGGAUGGGGAGGUUGCGGUGGCAGAAAUAGUGAAGAUGAUCAGAAGACGGAGAAAACAAGUCAUCACUAAUGAGUUGUGUAUUCGUGACUCUAGUCAAGAACAUUGGAUAAGGGUGGACACGGCAAUGAUGGCAACGACUCCAAAUACUCCACCUACUAUUCCACUAAUAGCGGAUGUUGAAGAGUAA